AUGUUUCUUAUCGAGAAGAUAUUGAGGACAGCGCCGGAUGUGGGGAAGAUAUUUCUCUUGAUCAAGGCAAAAAACAAGGAAGCUGCAAUGGAGAGAUUAAAAACUGAAAUCAUAAAUGCAGAGCUGUUCAAGUGCCUAAGACAAACUUACGGAAAAUCUUAUCAAUCCUUCAUGUUGAGCAAGCUGGUUCCUGUGGUUGGAAAUGUAUGUGAAUCAGAUCUUGGCAUAGAAGAUGAUGUAGCCGGUUUGAUUUCGAAAGAAGUUGAUCUUUGCAGAUAUGAUGUAGCUGUAGAUAUAAACACAAAAGGACCUUGUCACCUUAUGGCCUUCGGAAAGAAGUGCAAGAAACUUAAGCUUUUCCUGCAAGUUUCAACCGCUUCUGUUAAUGGACAAAGGCAAGGGAGAAUUAUGGAGAAGCCAUUUUGUAUUGGCGAAAGCAUAGCAGGCGAAAAACACAAAUCUGAAACCCCACCAGGAUUUUAUCCCCUUGAUGUCGAAAAUGAAAUAAAUUUGACUUUAAAUUCCAAGGGAGCUUAUGAAAACAAUGAGGUUGCUCAAAAGAUGAAAGAGUUGGGUUUAGAAAGGGCACGAAAGUACGGAUGGCAAGAUACGUAUGUGUUCACCAAGGCUAUGGGAGAAAUGAUGAUUAAUAACAUGAGAGGUGAAACACCGGUAGUCAUAAUCCGGCCUAGUGUCAUCGAAAGCACUUGCAAAGAGCCAUUUCCUGGUUGGAUGGAAGGAAAUAGGAUGAUGGAUCCGAUUGUUUUGCACUACGGAAAAGGGCAGCUCACAGGUUUUCUAGUUGAUCCAAACGGAGUACUCGAUGUGGUUCCAGCAGACAUGGUUGCCAACGCAAUAUUGGCGGCAAUUGCAAAUCAUGGAAUGGCUCAGAAACAAGAAAUCAACAUCUACCAGAUAACUUCAUCAGUUGCAAACCCUUUAGAUUUCCAAGAACUGAGUGAACUGCUCUAUGAGCAUUACAAUUCCUCGCCGUGCAUGGACGUGAAGGGCAGGCCAAUCCAAGUUCCAUCGAUGAAGCUCUUCAGCUCAAUGGAGGAUUUCUCUGCCCACAUUUGGAGAGACGCCCUCUGGCGAAGCGGGUUGACAGCGUUGUCUUCGUCAAACGGGAAGCUGUCUCAGAAGCUGGAAAUGAUCUGCAGAAAAUCAGUUGAGCAAGCAAAGUACUUGGCUGGCAUUUAUGAGCCAUAUACUUUCUAUGGUGGAAGGUUUGACAACAGCAACAUUGGGAGACUGAUGGAGAGGACGUCAGAAAAAGAAAAGAGGAAGUUUGGGUUUGAUGUUGGAAGCAUAGAUUGGAAGGACUAUAUUACAAAUGUUCAUAUUCCUGGACUUAAGAGGCAUGUCUUGAAGGGCAGAGGAGGUUUGUAG